CCCCGGUUCAUUUUAAACGGCGAACGUACCGGAAGUCGUCACUUUGUUCCAAUACGACGAAGUGCGAAUAUUAUUUACACCUUUUAUCUAAAACUUCUAACAUCAAAUCGAAAUGACAGACAGAUACAACAUCCACAGUCAGCUGGAGCAUCUCCAGUCUAAGUACAUCGGCACCGGACACGCUGACACCAGCAAGUGGGAAUGGCUGGUCAACCAGCACCGAGACUCUUACUGCUCCUACAUGGGACACUUUGACCUGCUCAACUACUUCUCUGUGGCUGAGAACGAGAGCAAAGCGCGUGUCCGCUUCAACCUGAUGGAGAAGAUGCUACAGCCGUGUGGACCACCAGCAGACAAACCAGACGAUGCCUAGGUUACACUGGAGUGAGCUGUGGAAGAUUUUUUUUUUACAGGAUUUUUGGGGGGUUUUGAUGGACAUUCAACUUGAUUUCUGCCAAACAUUUUCAAUGUUGUGCUCUCUAAAAUUUCACCUUUCCAUAAAAUUAGGACGGCUGUGUUUUUAAUACUGAACGGAUGGUCGACUUACACAACAGAAGAUACCUGGACUCAGAUCUUUAUAUUUUUUGCAUCUGGACCACUGAAAAACAUUGAUUCUUGCCUCUUACAGCUCUGCAGCUGUCAUGGAAGUUAGCAUCAAAAAAGUCAGAGUGAGGAAAGUAGGAAGGUCUUCAACACCUUUUUAGAGAAAAUAAUGGAAAUGUUUGUUAUUGCUACAUUACAGAGAAUAGAAAUUGUUAAGCGACACACUCAUCUGUCAUGUGUUGGUCGUUGUAUUCUUGAUUGAAAUUUUUGUUUUGAUUUAAUUAAAAUUCGUAUUUCUCCA